AAGUGAAAGUAGAAUCCAGCUAUUUUCAUUUCCCUCUCUCGAUUUAGACUUUACACCAACCUUCUUCCUCCUCCUUAUAACUCUCUCACUCACUCUCUCUUUCUCUUCUCCAUCUCCAUGACACGUCACUCUUUUCCGUAAUUUAAUUUUAGUUUCCUCUUCAAAUAUUCUUCUCAGCUUUCAAACCAAGCAACAAUGGGCUACGGCAGGCUACAGCCCUCCGAACCCGGCGGCUCCUCCCGCCGCCCCUUACACGAACAAGAUCCCGCCACCUCUGCUCCAUCCGUACCCUCUGCCUCUAGAGGCAAGCGAGAUAAGAAACUUAUUUUCAUCUCCGCUUUGGCUCUCCUUUUGAUUAUUCUUUCACUCGUCGCUGCCAUUCUCGUCGUCGGUUUGAAAUCCAGGGCCGGCUCCGGCCCGAAAAUCCCACGCAAGCCGACUCAGGCCAUUUCGAGGACUUGUAGCAAGACGCUCUACCCGACCAUCUGUGUCAACUCGCUACUCAACUUCCCGGGUUCACUCACCGCGUCGGAGCAGGACCUCGUCCACAUUUCGUUCAACAUGACGCUGCAGCACUUCAGCAAGGCGUUGUAUGACACGUCGGGGAUCUCCUAUCUCCAGAUGGAUACACAUGCACGGUCGGCAUUCGACGCCUGUUUGGAACUCCUGGACGACUCGGUGGACGCGCUCACGCGCUCGCUUGGCUCCAUCGUGCAGAUACCGGGUGGGAACAGUAACGCGAAUGACAGAGAAGACGUGCUGACGUGGCUGAGUGCGGCGCUGACUAACCAGGAGACGUGUAAGGAUGGAUUUGCGGAUGUGGGUGGAGGCGUGAAGGAUCAGGUGGCGGAUAAGUUGAAGGACUUGUCCGAACUGGUGAGUAAUUGUUUGGCGAUUUUUGCGGCGACUAGUGGGGACGAUUUCUCGGGAGUUCCGAUACAGAAUAGGAGGAGGUUACUAGAGGAGGACGAUAUAUCGGGGGAAAUUGGCGAUACGUUUCCGGGAUGGUUGAGUAGGAAGGAUAGGAGACUGUUGGCUUCGCCUGUAUCGGCGAUACAUGCCGAUAUUGUCGUGUCGAAAGAUGGAAAUGGGACGGUUAAGACGAUUUCUGAAGCGAUUAAAAAGGUGCCAGAGAAUAGCGAACGCCGGACGAUUAUUUACGUGAGGGCAGGAAGGUAUGAAGAGAGUAUGAUAAAGGUUGGAAGAAAGAAGAAGAAUGUGAUGUUCAUAGGAGACGGGAAGGGCAAAACGAUAAUUACAGGUGGAAAAAGUGUUCAAGAAAAGAUGACAACAUUUCACACGGCAUCCUUUGCUGCGACAGGUUCAGGAUUCAUCGCUCGUGACAUGACAUUUGAGAAUUAUGCAGGCCCCGCUAAGCACCAAGCUGUAGCUCUCCGAGUUGGAGCUGACCACGCCGUGGUGUAUCGUUGCAACAUAAUUGGAUACCAGGACACUCUCUACGUACACUCCAACCGUCAAUUCUUUCGGGAAUGUGACGUUUACGGUACCGUUGACUUUAUCUGUGGUAAUGCUGCCGUCGUCUUCCAGAACUGCAGCAUCUACGCGGACCCCAAUUGGCCAACCAAAAACACCAUAACACUCAAACAGAAAAGACCCAAUCAGAACACGGGCAUCUGGAUCCACGCCUGUAGACUCUACGCAACGUCCGAUCUCGACGUCGAAAGGAAGCUUCAAACGUAUCUCGGCAGGCCCUGGAAACUUUAUUCCAGGGUGGUUUAUAUGUUAACUUAGGGGGAUCACAUUCAUCCGAGAGGAUGGCUCGAAUGGAACGCGACGUUCGCCCUGGAUACUCUUUAUUACGGUGAUAUGAACUCCGGCCCCGGUGGCGUCGGGCAGCGGGUGAAGUGGCCGGGUUACAGGGUGAUUACAUCGACGGUGGAGGCUAGCAAGUUCACUGUUGCACAGUUUAUUUAUGGCUCGUCUUGGUUGCCAUCAACUGGAGUGGCGUUCUUGCAGGAUUAUCAACAAUUAAUUAAUUAUAAUUAAGUAAUUAUUGUAAUAAGCGCUAAUAAUUUUUACUAUAUAUAUAUAGGGGUUUUUAUAUAUAUAUAAAUUGAAUCAAAUAGAUUCAUAGAUGGUCAAGGGAUCUUGAUCUUGUUUGAUUGAUCUGGAAUUGUAUGAAAUUAUAUAUAUUUUUUGUUCUU